UCCCGCUAAAAAUCUCACUCUCAUGUCAUCAGAGAACAUCAAUUCUCUUCGUCUUCAACAAGCCCUAGCUUCAUGCUCCCAAUCGAUCGCUAAUGGGGACUUCAAGCAAUCAGAAGAAUACAUAUCGGAGCUUGUUCGUUUUCUUGAUUCAGUAUCUGAUUUGAUCGAGAAAGAUGAACACGAUGCAGAGAACUCAGCUUUUGAAGUUCUUUCAGAAAUUUAUCAAUACUUAAUUUCACCUUCGAUUGACCAGGCCGUUACAGAUGCAUUAGCGUUUGAGCUGCCCAAGGCUGUAGCCAAGUUGGGUUGUGUGUCUACGAGGUGCUUGGAGAAUGCUGAAAGUAUUAUUAACCAUUUCGUUGAGAUUUGUAGCCCACGAGAUAUGGUUUCAAUUCUUUGUGAGGCAAUGGCUUCUCCAAGUGAUGGCUUUAAUAAUUCUUCUUAUUUUGCACCUCUUUUAGGAACUCUUGCAAAAGCUUUUGAGGCCCUCCAGAGGAGACCAUUUGAGCAGCUAAAAGCUUCCCUCCCUGUUGUCCUUAAGGUUUUAGAGGCCCUGCUAUCAGAUCCAGAACAUGAAGAUACAGGCUCUGCGGAUUUGCUCAACAGAACAAUUUUAAUCGCCCAUUCUCUGAAAGCAAUCUGCGAAAAAUUUGAGCUCAAAGAUGAGAAGCUUUUUACUUUAUUUGGCUUGUAUGUCUUGCAAAUCACGGCUCUGAUUUCUAAUUGCAUGGGAGCAGAAACUUCCAGAUGUUUCCCCAUGAUGUUAGAGCUGUCACAUUUCCUUCAGUUUUGUGGUCUAACAAAUAUUGGUCUAAUAACUGGACAUGAAGUGGACAUUGCUAUUGACCUUAUUUUUCAAGGUGAUGAAGAUGAUAUGAGUUGUUUUUCAUAUGUCAAACCUGGAGCAGCCCUUGCAGUUCUUUGGAGGAACCUUUCUAAUGAGGUUGCAGAUGCUACAAAGGAGGAUUUGGAUGCAGUCAAAAAUGAACUUCGUAGUAAUAGAACAAAACGGUGGGAAGCAGUAGGCAUGCUGAAGCACAUAUUUGCUUCUGCUAAUCUUCCAUGGGCAUUGAAGAGACAUGCUAUUUACUUUCUAUUUUGCAUCAUGGAAGGCGUUGUUGCCCACAAGGAUUAUGAUGAACCCUUGGACUAUUUAGCAUAUACACCUAGUCUCUAUGCUGCCUUACAGGCUAUUCAACUGGUCAUUGUAUAUGCAUCAGAUCCAUUGCUACGGAAAAAAGCUUUUGAUACAUUUAAGAUGGUGCUUGCAGAUCUUCCCCCUUCUCUAAGGUUUGACAUCUUAAUGGCUUCUAUAAAAAACAGCGAGUUAUCUUCCAUGAUUGCAAUUCUUUUGGGUUGUGUCAAAGAAGAAAUGCACAGGGAAUAUCUUCAAAAGGUUUCAGGACAAAAUGGAGUUGCAGAAGCAGGAAAUAACAUCUUUCAACAUUCAUCGCCAUUCUGGACGGUUAGAGUUCUUGAUAUUGUGGAGUUUGUUUUGAAGCCUCCAAAGGGAGGACCACCUUCACUUCCUGAAUUCACUGAUGCGAGCCUCAUGGUAGGUGCAAGAUCUUGUGCACUGGAGCUCAUGGUUAUGGACCCAAAUCCCAAAUUCAUUAGCAUGGAACAUUUUCUUUUCCAUGUGAAGUUCUCUAGUAUAUGAAAGAGUGAAAAAUGGUUUUCUUGUUGUGGAAUAAAGAAGCCUUUGUAUCUUAAUGGAUGUAUUUAAUUUUUAUAGUGCUGUUGAGCAGGAUCCACUGUUUUCGGGGAAUAUAAGUUGAAGCAAUAACAAGAAUAUUUUUAGUUUCAUAAUCCCCGUAGUGAAUGUUCAACGUGUUUACAUCUCCUUGUGAUGUAUGAUAUUUAUUGUAUUCCUUUAAUAGACCUGUAAUCUUAUUAUCUAGCACAAACAUCUACUGGAGAUACGUCCUUGUAAUCAAUAAUAGUUGAGUAUAUAUUCCAAUGGUCCAAGAAUUUUUCAUUCUAAGCAAUUUGAGAAGCCAUGAUGUAAUCAAUAAGCCUUUGCAUCAUGCAGGUGCUUUUGCUAGGGUCAUUUGUGGCUUCUUAAGUGCAGAUGGCAACUUUGAGUGCAAGAGUAAUUGAUCUAUAAACUUGACUAGUCAGCCAAGAUCAUCUUGGAAGUUGUGUAUGGCAUGUAGUACAAUAUAAUCCUCCUAGUCAUCACAAUAAGUGCACCAAUUAGAUUACAUGGUUAAAGUUAGUGAGCAGAACUUCUCAUACACGGUAUUGAAUACGUGGAGGUCCUUCAUUAAAGCAGUGUAAUCAAGUCUAACAUACGUAGUUUAUCCAUAUUAAGUUUAGGGGCUGACUUGUCUAUUAGUCUGUAUCAAAAUUUAAGGGUCUACUUUCCCCUGUCACAUUUUAUAAUUUGUGUAUGAUGAUGGUGUUCAUUCUCAUUGCCACUAUGCUACCCUGUCCUGUGGAACUCCUAGUAUUGCUUUUUUGUUGCUUUUGUCGAGGUCCAAGUACGUAGUGGAGAUUAUGUGGAUGUGUACUCUAAAUUUAUUAGGUGCAUGUGAUUUGUUUGGAAUGUUUACUACAUGAAUGGUGGUAUGUGGAACUAAACCCACAUAAAAAUUUAGUCGAUUCAUCUUGUAGCAGUUAGUCCUCCCUUGCAUGCUACUCAAGCGCAUAGAAUCAGUCUUCUUGUCAUUGAAUAUCAGAUAUCAUGCUACUAUAGCUUUAUUUAUUUAUUAAGUAUAGAUUACUGUAAUAACAUU